UAUGCAAAAUCUUUUGCUUCUUUGGGAUUAGACUACAUUCAUUUGCUAAUUACCUUUUUUUAUUUCAAUUAAACUCAUGGCUGCUACAUUUUUGUGCCUUGCUCUUCUUUUUCUGUCACAGUUUUCUCUACUGGCAUCAUCAGCAUCCAACAAUUUGAAACUGGGCUCAUCUCUGUCAGUGGAAAAUGAAGCUGAUACCUUGAUCUCACCAAAUGGUCUAUUUUCAGCCGGAUUUUUUCCGGUAGGCGAAAAUGCCUAUUGCUUUGGAAUAUGGUACACAGAGCCAGCCGCCCCAGCUCAAAACCUCACCGUGGUUUGGAUAGCAAAUCGUGACAAGCCAGUCAACGGUAAGAGCUCCAAGCUCACCCCUCAAGGAAAUGGUAAUCUUAUUCUAACCGAUGCUGGGAAAUAUACCAUUUGGUCUUCCAACACUGUUUCAAAUUCGUUAGACCGAUUAAGUCUCAACGACAAUGGCAAUCUUGUUCUGCUAACUCUCAAGGGUGUUGCUUUGUGGGAAAGCUUUGCUUCACCAACAGAUACCCUUUUGCCUCAACAACGACUUACUUGGAACACAAAGCUUGUCUCCUCAAGAAGCCUCACCAACUAUUCAUCUGGAUUUUACUCGCUUUUUUUCGACAAUGACAACACUCUUCGCCUUCUCUACGAUGGCCCUGAGGUCUCAAGCAUUUACUGGUAUGACCCUUGGCUUCUAAGUUUGCAAGCUAGAAGGACACCAUACAACAACACUAGAGUUGCAGUUUUAGAUGCCAUGGGAAACUUUAGUGCAUCAGAUGGUCUUAUUGUUAUUGCAGCGGAUUAUGGCACGAAUUUGCAGAGAAGAUUGAAGGCAGAUGUUGAUGGUAAUCUUCGAUUGUACAGUCGAAAACAGGCCGGAGAUACUUGGGUUGUUUCAUGGCAAGCCAUUCAACAACCGUGCAAAAUUCAUGGCAUUUGUGGGCCUAAUGGUUUGUGCAGCUAUGAUCCUAGUUCUGGCAGAAAAUGCUCAUGCCUUCCAGGCUAUGAGAUGAGAAACAAAUUUGAUUGGGCUUAUGGAUGUCAACCUGCAACUGAUGGUUUGAAUUUGUCCUGCAAAAGUAGGGAUCGUGAUCAGUUUGAUUUUAUGUACCUUCCAAGGGUUGAAUAUUACGGAUAUGAUUACUCGAUCUUUGUUAAUACAACCUUAGAAAAGUGCAAAGCUUUAUACUUGGAGUUGUGCAACUGUCCAGGUUUUCACUACAAGUUUGGUGGUGGUCAUCAUAAUUGUUAUCCCAAGACCCAAUUUCGAAAUGGAUACCGUGCCCCGGGCUUUGAAGGAGAGCUGUAUCUGAAACUGCCCAAAUCAAUCCUUUCUUCCUAUAAUGCUGCCACAAAAGAAUCCAAUAUGUGCUCAAGCAAGCUCACAAGCCAGCUUGACAGAACAUAUGAAAAAGGCAAACAAAAUGGUUCUGUCAAGUUUAUGGUGAAAUUUGCAUCUGGGCUGGGAGGAUUUGAGAUUGUUUGUAUCUUUGUUGUGUGGUACUUUGUGGCUCGAAGCAGCAAAGAGAAAGAAGAUUCAGAUGUAGUUACACAAGGCUACCUUCAAGCUGCCACUGGAUUCCGAAGAUUCAGUUACUCUGAGUUGAAAAAGGCCACAAGAGGUUUCAAAGAAGAGAUUGGCAGGGGAGGGGGAGGAAUUGUGUACAAAGGCGUAUUGUCUGAUCAACGAAUCGCGGCAAUCAAGCAAUUGAAUGGUGCUAACCAAGGGGAAGCAGAGUUCCUUGCAGAGGUGAGCCUUAUUGGGAAGCUGUACCACAUGAACUUAAUUGAGAUGUGGGGAUAUUGUGCGGAAGGAAAGCAUAGGCUUUUGGUGUAUGAGUACAUGGAGCAUGGUUCCUUGGCGGAGAAGUUAUCUUCCGAGGUGCUUGAUUUGAAGACAAAGUUUGAAAUUGCAGUGGGCACAGCAAAAGGACUAGCUUAUUUACAUGAAGAAUGUUUGGAAUGGGUUUUGCAUUGUGAUGUGAAGCCUCAGAACAUACUCUUGGACUCUAAUUACAACCCAAAAGUGGCUGAUUUUGGUUUGUCCAAGCUACUGAACAGAAGUGAGGUUAGCAACUCAAACUUCUCAAAAAUAAGAGGAACCAGAGGUUACAUGGCACCAGAGUGGGUUCACAACAUGCCCAUCACUUCCAAAGUGGAUGUUUACAGCUAUGGGAUUGUUGUGCUGGAAAUGCUGACUGGAAAGAGCCCAGCAGAAAGUGUUCAAGCAAUAGAAAGUGGAGGGGAGACCCAGAAAAAGAUGAUGGUUACAUGGGUGAAGGAGAAGAUGCAUGGUGCAUUUACAAAGACAGAGAGCCAGAUGGGAGCAGAUUAUGAACAGGGUAGACUUGAAAUGCUUGUUGAAGUGGCUCUUCAAUGCUUAGAGGAAGACAGAGAUGCAAGACCUACCAUGAGUCAAGUAGUUGAGAUGCUUCUGCAUCAUGAAAAUAAUUGAUUGGAAAGGUGACAUGUUUAUAAUAUAUGAUGGGAUGUCUGUAUGGUCUUGAUUUUUCUUAUAUCAAAAUUUGCAUUAGCAGGGAAUGAAUGUCGAAUUUCUCAAAGCCUAUCAGAGCA